CAUUUUUCAGUGCUAUUGAAACUAUUAAUAAUUCAGUCAAAAAUUGAAACUUUUUUGAUUUUUCAGGAAGGAUAAAUUCAAAAGUAACUUAGGAUGUCCACCCAAAAUGCAGCAAAUGACUAUUCUGACCUCUUGGACUACCUCUCCUUUUCUCAACGUUUUUGCUUCAUAUCUCUUCGUAUUUGUGCCAUAUUCUUUUCUGUCUUCGUGGUGAUAUGGUUUGUCACCGUAGUCUUCUUGUUACUUCUACUGGUAGUCUUUCCAAGCAAGGAGCAGGUAAGAGCCAGUAUGAUCGAGUUUGAACAAAGGCAGCAACAGCGACAUUCUCAAAGUCCUGAAGGUGGUGAUCCAAUGCACCAAUCUCAACACGACCCUGAAAGUCCUGCCACAUCCCAAGGCGCGAAAAGACCCUCGGUGUCAAUUGAUCACCUCAGAUUUAGUGAACCAAUGGGUAUACUUUCCUUGACCUUCAGCAGUUUAGUGUGUUAUAUGGGAGUGACAAGGGUAGCUGCCAUUGUUAUUGACGAUGCAGAGCUAUUGAAAAUAUCAGAUUUGGUUAUUAUGUUUGGCAUAGUUUCUUUCCUGAUCCCAACAAUUAGAAAGCCUUUACGAAGCAAGGAUGUGCAGUAUAUAGUUUGCUCAAUGUUUUGCAACAUUUUCAACAUUUAUGGGAUUUGGAUAUUGUGGAGCUACUAUAGGGAAAUUCGGAACAAAUAGGCUUAUUGAUAAAAUUACAAAGACGAUUAAACACCUAUGAAACCAA